AUGAAGUCAAUUCUGAUCUCCCUCACUCUGGGGGUAAUUGGUUGUCUUUCUCAAACCGUCGCCCCCGAGACAGUGCUUGUGAACGGCACAAUCUACUCCAUAGAUGCCACAUCCCAAGUCUUUCAACACGGAGAGAUAUCCUUUGCCAACGCCUCCAUCACUUGCAUCGGAGGGAAAGGAGAGUGCAGUCCGGAUGCGAUACCGUCAACCCGCAUCAUCAACCUACAAGGCAAGACUGUCAUUCCAGGUCUUAUCGAUGCGCACGCCCACCCGGUCGAUGCUGGCCGAGCUAUGUUGAGCUGCUCGCUUCAAUACCGUCAUCUUGAACUAUCGCAGCUGCUCGGUCUUGUCCAUCAGUGCCUCAACAAUGAGCCAAAUGCGCCACCCGACGCAAUGCUUACUGUCAGUCAAUUUGACCGCGAGGGUUUCACCGACCGUAACGGACCGGGAAAUGCAACCAUGCUAGACCGACUAAACACAACCCGCCCUGUCAUGUUGAUUGCCACCAACCAGCACAAUUUCUGGGUCAACAGACGCGGCCUGCAGUUGUUGAACAUCACCGCGGCCACGCCAGAUCCCGAUGGCGGACGUAUCGGUAAAGAUGCAAGUGGAUUCCCUACAGGCUUUCUUGAAGAAAAUGCAGCUGGAGGUGCUCGUGCUCUUUCAGGCAACCGCGGUGUUUCUGACCUGGAGGCCGCAACCGCUGGCCUCUCCGUUCUCCGUCGACAGGGCUACACAACCAUCCUCAACGCUCUGGCAGGCCGAACAGAUGCCUGGCAGAGUCUAUCGCGCAACAACACUCUCACUGCUCGUGUCUUCAACGCUUUUGGCCUCUUUGGUUCUCUCGACUUUCCUGCUGUAGCCGCCCAGGCACGCAACGUCAGCGAGCAGUUCGACGACGGCGCCAUGGUCGCUUCCCGCCCGGGCCAGUUCUGGCGUCACGUCAAGUUCUUCGUCGACGGCGUCCUCCCCGCUGUGUCCCAAUCAGCAAUGCUCGUAACACCGUAUCUGGUCAACAACAGCAACAGGUGGGUACCGGGUACUAAUUUUGGUAUCCCUGGCUCAACUCCUAGCCAGCUGGAAAGUCUCUUCACUAACAUCCUGGGUAUCAAGCAGGGCCUACAUCUCCAUGCAUGCUCCGCGGCGAUGCAGCUCCCCAAUUAG